AUGACGAAGUCGAGGUCGAGGACGAUGAUCUCCAACCUUCCAAGGGAUUUGAUAGAGGAGAUUAUUUCUAGGGCUCCCUGGAAUUCUAUGAAAGCAGUGCGAUUAACUUGUAAAUCUUGGAACAAUAUAGCCAAAAGUGAGAGCUUUACGAAGAUGCACAUUGGUAAAGUAACAAGAGAAGGGGAGGCCACGAUGAUCAUGAAGGAGGAGCCUCACGGUCUUUAUUUAAUGAGUGGCUUCGUCGACUUUGAUCCAUCUAUAAAGGUUAUAGGCCAACUUCGUUUCCGUAACAAUCAAGUGACUAUAUAUAGAAUUCUCCACUUUGAGGGUUUGUUGUUGUGCAUCUUGCAAGAGGUUAGUAGGAUUGUGGUUUGGAAUCCGUAUUUGGUGCAAACAAGGUGGAUCAUGAUCCGAUACUCUCACCGUCCACACAGAUGUGAUUAUUUCAACUAUGCUCUCGGAUACCAAGAUAAGAAAUAUUGUCGUAGCAUUAAAUUCUUGAGGUUUAUAGAUUAUUAUGGGAAUAGACCAUAUGAUUUUUUUUGGUACGAAAUCUACGAUUUUGACUAUGGUAUAUGGAAAACUCUUGAUGUCACUCCACACUGGAGUAUAUAUUGGUCUUCCGAUUGUGUUUCUAUUAAGGGAAACAGUUACUGGUGUGCUAACAAAAGGAGCUCAAAAAGUCAUAUCAAUCACAUAAUAUGUUUUGAUUUUACAAGAGAGAGAUUCGGGCCGCUUCUGCCUAUGCCUUCUACCAUUAAGGAUGGUAGAUAUGUGGCUUUAUCUUGUGUUAAAGAAGAGAAGCUUGCAGCCUCAUUACGGCAACACGAAUCAUCUGAGUUUGAUAUAUGGAUCACGACCAAGAUUGAGGUUGAAAUGGUGUCGUGGUGCAAGUUCUUGAGAAUUGAUACGAGACCUAAAGUAGAUUAUCCACAUUGUUUCUUCAUUGACGAGGAGAAGAAAAUCUAUAUGUAUUUCAGUCAAAACUAUGAGGACUCUUAUCGUUGCAAAACAUAUAUGAACAUCAUUGGAGAGGCUGGAUACUUGAAAAAAUUGGAUGUUCAAAGAUAUACAUAUGAUGCCUCUUAUGCAGUCUGCUCUUAUGUUCCAAGUUUGAUCCAAAUCAAGAAACAUGCACGAGGCAAAAGGAUAAAACAAAGUAGUUUAGAAAAGCGUCGAGUAGAUCAAAACAAGUUGAGACUUGCCUCAAUUGAAAUGCUAGUCUAG